UCCGGGAGGUGCAGGGAGAAGCUCCUGCUGCGACCCUCCGCUCCUCCAGCCCUCAUCUGCUACCUCCUGCAGGGACCUCCGCCCUUCUGCACCAGGACCUCCAACUUCCUCCACCGGGACCUCCGCCCUCCUCCGCCCUCCUCCGCCCUCCUCCACCGGACCAGCACCAUGGAGAGCUCCGGGUCGCUCCUCGGGCUGCUGCUGCGGCUGCUCGGCCUGCUGUCGGUUUUGUGUCACGAUCAAGUUUCUCAGGAGGUUUCCGAGGAGUUUGGAGAAGAUAAACCAGAAGCAGCUGCAGACAGAGAUCUGUUGGAGGCGCUGGAGGCUCUGCUGGGUCGGACGCAGAACCGAGUUCCCUCCACAGAGAAGCGAGGCAGCAUUCCUCUGUGUGGGAUGGGCGACCGCUGUGCCAUGAAGUUCGGUCCUCGCAUCGGGAAGCUCUGCGACUGCGGAAGAGCAGCAAACUGCAACUCCUACCUGCUGAAAUGCAUCUGAACCCCGGAUUACUUCUGUUUUUCUCUUCUGCAGGAACAAACAUCCUCCAGCAGGCAGCACAGCUUCCAUAAACCAGCUCCACCCCUCAGUCACUGUCUGUGUCUAACAUCAUCAUUCAUCUUUUAUUAUUAUUACUGUUGUUGCCUGAGGACAAGCAUGAAUUUUAUACUGCUGACAGUUGUGGUGAUGCUCUGUGGCAUGUGGAUGUUUCAUGUUCAAUAAACAGAUACGUAAACUUA